CUCAUGCACCUACACCCAACGUUUCCUUUCCACAAUGUCAUCGAGUCGGUCUAACUCGUCCAAUGCUGUCGCCCAAGGCCACUCCUCGCGUCGCGACAACCAAUCUGUUUCCUCAAACCAUUCGGGACGCAGCGAGCGAACAGGAAGUUCACGGGCACAUCCAGCGGUAGAGUCUGCGGUGACACGGCUGCUGAUGUCUAUCAAGAUGCUGUUGGAGGCGCUUACACAAUGGAGCCUCAUGCAAGUGGACGAAAUCAAUGUCAGUGAUGUAUACGUUCAGUUGGGGAACGACUUCAAUGCUGCAGUGGCAGCCUUCGCCGCGUUCAAUAUCGACAUGAACGAGCUUCUAUCUGUACCAGACGACUUGCGAACAGUUCUAGAGCAAUGUCUCGCUGAAGAUCCUACACCCGAGAAUCUUGAGAUAUACCUCCCGAAUGUGAGACAAAUCAUCACCCAUCUCCUGCAAGGUCUGCGGGGAAAGCAGUCCAUAUAUCGGCGCAUUGUCUCUGACCAUCGACGAAGGUCUGAACAGUCUGGCCAUGAGAGGACCGAUAGUCGGUCGUCACGUACCGAUCGAACUGCACGGCGGGAACCCUCUCACCGAAGCCAGUUGUCGCGAACUAUCGCAGAAAAUGGAGAGUAUCGAACAAGUGGAUCGUCAUCGGGAAGAAGGAGCCUUGGUCAGUCAUCCCGUGAACAACUUAAUGGAACCUCUUCAUUCGUGGGAGGUUUUUCUCCUCAGGUCACGUCGCUUCCACUUGGCCCUGAUCCAGAGAUAUCUGGGGAGUUGCCUAAUCCACAUGAAGCACCGGGACCUGCUUCCAUUCUGCCACCCAAUGAACCCCCUCCUCCCGACCCUUCCCUUGAUGAUGAAUCAUCUGCUACCACAGAAACACCUCCUGUAUCAGCUCAGCCCACUGUCCCGUCCAGUGUGAAACGUUAUUCUUUGGUUGAUAAACCCAUGAUGUCCCCUCCUCCUGCUCCUAAUCUUGUUGUCGAACCAUCAAGCCCCGAACAAGCCUUCGACGAAAGGAAUGGCUCGCCAGAGACUCCACCCUCAGAAACUCCACCAAUAGAUGCUGCGCAAGCUCCAGCUAUGGCGGAUUCGCUCGCCGCGCUCAAACAAAGCGAUGCUCUGGAACGCAGGGCAUCAAAACGGUAUUCAACAUAUAAUAUAUCCAAAAUGACAGGUUCUACCUCACGAGAGCGAUCCGUACGAGGACAGGCCAACCGACGUUCCAUGGCAGUUUCAUCUGCCCUUACGCCAGGAGAAUUGGCCGUUCUUACGGAAGUAGAUGACGAAGAGACUUCUUCUCCGCCUCCAACUCGAGGAGGAGGUAGCUCGUCUGUAUCUCUCCGUUCUCCUUCUCGUGGUUCAGAACGACAUGCAACAACUCCUCCCCUGCCGCCUUUGCCGUCGACGCCUGCUCGGACACCGGAACCGCCUGAGGCUCCCUUCUCAACAAAGAAGCCGGCAACGGCGUUUACUUCUGAGGAGGAACCAGAGACAUCCAAGCUCACUGUUUUCUUGCAGCUUGGCAGGGAAGUUAAAAAGGCAACCAUAGAGCCUGGCAUGUCUUUUUCAUCGCUUAGGGUAUUAUUCGUGGACCGAUUUUCAUAUAAUCCUGGUCUCGAUAACUUUCCUGCCAUAUAUAUUCGUGAUCCUUCGAGUGGCGUGCAAUAUGAACUCGAAGAUAUGGAUGAGGUGAAAGAAAAAUGUCUCCUUUCUUUGAACAUCGAACCUCUUGACCAGAUCAAGCAGCAUAUUGAUACUCAAAUUUCGACUUUGUCUCAAGAUAUCAAAGAGCUGCGAUCCGCUGUCGUCAGUAACAAGCGGCAAUCCGCACAGUUCCCUAGUAUUGCUAGUCAACCCCUCGCAGAGAGUACACCCGCACCCCCGCGUCCCACUGAUAAGCAGUUUCAACAUGUUGCUAGACGGCUGUCUCGAUUCGUUGGCUCAGCUUCCUCCCCUUCAUCUCCCCAUACUCCCACUCCCGUGCCUUCUAUCAUGCCCCAAAUCACUGGUCAAUCCCUACAGCCACAGAUGACAGGAAGCUCCGUAUUUUCGGAAUACUCAACGCGCGUUAUGACUGAUUUAAAGACGCAAUUCGACGAGGUGCAAAAUCUCCGACGAGACCUUGGAGUCGUGCGACAGUUGUAUACUGAGUUCAUGAAGCAGACGAAAGAGUCCUUGGGAACUUUGCGCACCCAGACACAAUCAGUGAAGCAGCUAGCUAACGUGAGCGUUGGCGGUGCUCGGGCGUUCGUUGAUGCUGGCAAAAAGAAUCUAGACACUAGGAGUCAGAAUAUCUUGACCGAAGUCGAGAGGCUGCAAGAUGCGAUUGACACCGUGAAGGCGGACGUGCUCAAACGGCAUAUAACGCCCAAGCCACAGUAUAUGAAGACGGUUCAGAAAGACGUGAAUGCAGCAGCGUCUGAGCUUGAGAGUCUCAAGGAGCACAUUAUGACGAUUAAGCCGAUGUGGAAGAAGACAUGGCAGGAGGAGCUCCAGAACAUCGUUGAGGAGCAGCAGUUCAUGAACCACAAUGAAGAGCUGCUCAAUGACCUCCUCGAGGAUCACAAGGCGUUGGCUGAACUCUUUGGGCAUUUACAGCAGGUGGUAAGCAUGGGCACACAGCGGAUACCGAAGGGACGCCAAUUCCAGUUACCGCCGCCGGAAGAUGGUCAUAGCGGAUUGAGCACGGUUAUGAUGGAAAUUCGUGGUGCGGCUGUUGAUCCAGAGAAGCGGCUGAAGGCUAUUGAGGAGAGCCGGAAGAUUCGGGCGAAGGAGCUGGAGAGCCAGUCGGAUGAUCUGCGUGCUGAAUUGACAGACUUUGUUGGUGGGAAGAAGCUGAGGAUGACGGGAGGGGCAGAGGAGGCAGAACGGGUGAGGCAGAAGAGGAACGAGCUAACGUUGAAGGCCAUGUUUAAUGGCGGCGGUGUUGGGGGAGCUGCAGUAGUGGGAGGCGAAGCUUCCCCGUCGAGUUUGCCGGAUAUUUCUUCGGGUUCGUAAUUUCAGGAUAUACUUUCAUACGUUUUUGGAGUCUGUUUUCUUUACAUCGUAUGUUUGACACGGCCUGAGCCGUGUUUCUGCUGCAUUCCGCAUUCCUGGUUUUACGUCAUUCAUUUACUAUUUCAGAGGGGUAUCAGAUUUUGGACUCCAUAGUUCGAGUUUUGCGUUUACCCUUACGUUGAUGGUAUUUUGGGCUUUGAUGGUACAGUACCUUCAAAUGUCGAUGCCGCUGCGAGUUGGCAGCAGGCACGAGCAGAAGGGGUAGUACAUAUGAAUGCACGAGACAGUGAAGCAGAGUCGAUAUCUAACAGAUCAGAGUGAGGAUACAUCGGGG